UUUGCAAAUUUAGUUAGUGCCAAACCAUCGACGCGUCAACCAAUUCAGUCUCCGAAUUGGUCGGUUAGUUUCGUUUCGUGUUUAUUCAAUUUUCAUCGAAAAUGGUCAUCGGGUUGUCACUUUCAGACAAUUCACAUAAAUCUUUGUGGUCGCUUCAUUUCGGCGCUUGAACAUUGAAAAUUGAGAGAGAUUUUAUGAAUGUUGAAAAAAAGUAUUCGACAAUAAUAUCCAGUAAAUGGUCUCAUCCGGUCGAAUGAUAGUCGUCGUUUUUUUUAAUUGAGUGCUAGAAUUUUUGUAUGCUACACAUGCCAUACGAUAAAAAAUGAAGUGUGAGUUUUGCGGUGAAUCGGCAGCAUUGAAAUGUGGUGGAUGCAAAAUCGUUUAUUACUGCGAUGCGGAGCAUCAGAAAUUGGAUUGGCGAAAAGGACAUAAAUCUAAAUGCAAAUGCUACGAGAUAUCCGAAUGUGAGAUAAUCGGUCGAUAUAUGCGUUCGACGCGUAUCAUCAAAGCUGGUGAAAUAAUUUUAUGUGAAAAGCCGUUGGUGUAUGGUCCAAAAAUAAUAAGUGCCCCGAUUUGUUUGGGUUGCAAUAAAUAUGUGAAAUCGCAAGAAAUUCAAAUAAAUCAAAUAUCGAUUCCCGGAAAUCGUGGCCGAAAUCAAAAGCCAAAAGUGAAAACCGAACGAAAUUUUUACAAAUGUUCGACAUGCAAGUGGCCAAUGUGCAAUGAGGAAUGCGAAAAAUCAAAAGUGCACCUGGCCGAAUGCCAACUAAUGGCGGAAAAGAAAUUUCAGUGCAGUAUCGAUUACAAUGCGCAAGAUGAAAAUCGAAAAGAAUCCGCUUAUUGUGCAAUCUUACCGCUACGAUGUUUGCUGCAGAAAAAGAACAACGAUAAAGAAUUUGCAAAAUUUUACGAAUUGGAAGACCAUCUGAAAGAGCGGAUCAAAACGCCGAUUUACAGUGUGCUGAAAUCAAAUCUAAUCACAUUCUUCAAAACGAUUUUAUCGCUUGACGAAUUCGAUGAGAUGACGAUACUGAAAACAGCUGCUAUUUUAGAUACCAACGCUUUUGAAGUUCGCUUAGUCAACGGAAACAGUAAAAUUCGUGCAAUUUAUGCUACCACAGCGAUGAUGUCGCAUGACUGUGUGCCAAAUAGCUAUCAUAGUUUUGAUGAAAAUAUGCAAAUUUUCAUCCGAGCUGCCAUUGACAUUAAAAAAGGUGACGUGAUUUCGUUGUCAUACUGUCAACCCUUGCAAAGUACAAUGCAACGACGCAUCUAUUUGCGACACAGUAAAUGCUUCGAUUGUCUUUGUCAGCGAUGUCGGGACCCAACCGAAUGUUCAACAUUUAUCGGUUCGUUAGUAUGCCACAUAUGCAGAGAGGCCAAAUUGUUACCAGACGACCCGUUGAACGAUAAAUCCGAUUGGAAUUGUGAGAAUUGCUCGUUUCAAGUGACCGCUACUAAUUUUCAAUUCAUUCAAAAUCGACUUCAAUUUGCAAUUGAGAACCUUCCAAAGCAAUCACCAUACGACUUUGAAACGUUUUUGGAGAAAUACUGCUAUCGACCAAAGCACAUGACCAACGGCACCCAGGAUGAUUUGAAUGCUGAAAUUUUGCUGCAUGAGCAAAAUACAUUUGUUCUGCAAAUCAAAUAUGCAUUAACGCAAUUAUAUGGGAAUGUCUCUGGUUUCCUAUGGGACGAAAUCGGCGACACUGACUUGGAUCGGAAAAUUAGCCUAUGCAGAGAAUUGUUAGAAGUGGCGGAAAUACUUGAGCCAGGGAAAAGUGUAUUUAGGGGUAGAUUACUUAUUGAUUUACAGGAAGCGCUCUUCGUGCAAACGGAACGGCUAAUAACUAAUCGAGAGAUUUCAUCUAUUGUGGCCCAUGAACGGUUUAACGACCAAUUGAAGCUUUUAAACGAGGCAAAGGGCAUUUUUGAGCAUGAUUCAACCAUGCUACCAACUUUGAAAAUGCGCUUCGAAAAUAUUAUGUCAAAAUCAUAGAAUAGACAGAAUUGGUUUCAAAUAAAAUUUCAUAAAAACGUU